UGGAUUCAUCAUGAUUUUUCAAGCUCUUUAUGACCAAAUGGACUUCUCCUCUUGGGUGUUGUUGGGUUUUGCAUUACUAAUUUUAUUGGAUGUGGUAAAAAACUGGAGGCGUAAUGACUAUCCUCCUGGACCCUUGGCUGUACCCCUGCUGGGAAAUGUUUUCACAGGAACGGACUGCGAAACAUUGGAAAAGCUCACUCAAAAAUAUGGCCCCGUCUUCAGCUUGAGAAGAGGAAGUGAGAGGAUGGUGUUCAUUUCAGGGUAUAAGAUGGUCAAAGAGGCUCUUGUUAACCAGCUGGAUAGCUUUGUUGACCGACCAGUUGUCCCUCUUUUCCAUGUGAUCUUUAAGGGCAUUGGCAUAGCAAUGAGUAAUGGUUACCUGUGGAAGAAGCAGAGGAAGUUUGCCAAUACUCACCUGCGUUAUUUUGGAGAAGGUCAGAAAUCCCUGGAAAAGUAUCUUGAAGUGGAGUGCAACUUCAUUUGUGAGGCCUUCAAAGAGAAACAAGGACCACACCAGACUAUUCAUGCCAACUACUACAAAAUACUAAACUUUCUGAAACUGGAAAUAGAGAAGCAUCAGGAGGAGUGGAACCCAGAUGAUCCCCGGGAUUUUAUCGAUGUAUACCUGGGAGAGAUUGAGAAGGCCGGCUUCAACAUUGACUCCCUUCUGGUUGCCAUACUUGACUUAAUUGAAGCUGGAACAGAAACUGCUGCUACCACAUUACGCUGGGCUAUUCUGUUCAUGAUGCACUACCCAGAGAUACAGGGACCACCAGCUCUCCCUGUUUUGGGGAACAUCUUCAGUAUUGAGUCUAAACAGCCGCAUAUCUAUCUCACCAAGCUUGCUGAUGUUUACGGGAAUGUGUUCUGCAUACGUCUGGGAAGAAACAAAACAGUGUUUGUGUCUGGGUGGAAGAUGGUGAAGGAGGCUUUGGUCACACAGGCCGAAAACUUUGUGGACCGGCCUUACAGCCCCAUGGUGAGCAGAAUCUAUUCAGGGAACUCAGGUGGGCUUUUCUUCAGUAAUGGGAAGGUGUGGAGGAGACAGCGCCGUUUUGCCAUGGCCAUGUUACGCACCUUUGGUCUGGCAAGAAGCUCCAUGGAGCAGACCAUCUGUGAGGAGAGUCGCCAUCUGCAGGAGGAGAUGAAGAAGAAGGAAGGGCCGCACAACGGCAUCUUCAGCAGCUCCAAAUCCUUAAAAGCCUCUAUCAGGAGAGAGAUAGAGAGACACAAGUUGGAUCUGGACCCCAGCAACCCACGAGAUUACAUCGAUAAAUUCCUCGUGGAGGAGAAGGGGACCGCUGUGAUGCCCAACCUCACCUCUGUGCUGUUUGACAAAAACGAAUGGGAAACUCCUGACGUCUUCAACCCUGAACACUUCCUGGAUGCUGACGGCAAGUUUGUUCGAAAAGAGGCAUUCCUCCCUUUCUCUGCAGGUAACAAUCACAGUUAA